GUUUGUUUUUGUAAUUUUUUAUCGAUGAUUUCUCGAGCUGGAUGUUUUCCUCAGGCGGCAUGGGCAGUUUACCGAAGGAUGGGGAAUUUUGCUUCUUCCACCACGGGUGGAUCAGCAAGUGUAAAGCUUGUUCAUGAAUUGGUGUCACAGAACUGUGUUGUGAUAUUUUCUAAGACCACUUGUCCAUACUGCAAAAUGGCGAAAAACGUGUUCAAUGAAAUCGGUGCCUCUUACAAAGUAAUUGAACUUGAUGAACACAACGAUGGGAGGAGGCUACAAGAGGCCUUAGCUCAAAUGACUGGUGCCAGGACGGUGCCAAGAGUCUUCAUUAAUGGAAACUGUAUCGGAGGUGGCUCGGAUACCAAACAGCUCCAUCAGCAGGGCAAGUUAGUGCCCCUGAUCAAUCAGUGUGCUCCCUGUGGUGAUCCCAUCUCUGAAAGCUCAGGGAGUGGACAGUUUGAAUCUGCCAAGUGA